UUUUACUUUUUACAUAAAAAAUAUCAAAUUAUAAGUAAUGACAAUCUCCACAAAAACAUUAGUACAAAUUGCCGGUUGGAGUGGUCUUAUAGUUGCUUCUACCGGAUUUUAUUUACAAAGUCGAUUAGUAGAUCAAGUUCGAAAUUAUGACUAUUACAAAACUGCUUUAAAAAGUUUAAGAAUGCAUCCUGGAGCUGUGUACUAUCUUGGAGAACCUAUUAAAGAUAAGCGGUUUAAAUUAAGUGAUACGGAGAAUAAUUUCUCCGAUGGCAAGUCUGCUAGAUUUCGUAUCCCAGUAUCAGGACCAAAAGACAAAGGAACAUAUUACUUUUGGGCUAAAAGAAAGGAUGACCAAUGGAUUAUAACAAAAGCAGAACUAAAUUUAAGUUCAAAAUCAGAUGUAUCACUCGUCAUAGUUAAAGAUACACAAAUUAAAUAG